CGACUGGCCAGGCCUGCUGACGCGCCGGGUGGACGCGCGGGCCUGGCGGACCUGGCGGGCCCGAAGAGGCCGCAACCGGCAGCGCGCGAGGGCCCGGCCGCUGCGCCGGGGGCCCGGUGCCGGCCCGCAGGACGACCCGCUGAACCGGUCGAGCGCGGGGAUCGCCGAGGUGAACGCCCGUCCAGCCAGCGCUUCGCGCGAGCUCGCCGGGCCCAGCGGCCCCCGGAGGACGCUCGGGCACUCGGGUACCGACGGGCCCCGCCGGUCGUCGCCGUGGAGAACGAGCUGCCGCGGGCCCGCGGCCGAGGCCACGAGGUAACUGGGUCGGCCGGCGCGUCCUCGGCCCCGGCCCCGCGACUGCGCCCCUCUUGGUCUGUGCAGGACAGCGCGAGCGGUCGCCGCUGGGAUCUGUCCUGCGCGAGCAGCACCUUUCUGCCGGCUCCCUCCGUCCGUCGCGCCAUCGUCAAAUACCUCAAAUCUUCGAGGCCAGGCCACGAGUACUUGGAAGCCGAUUACGCGUGCGAGCCCGGAUACGCACUGGCCAGCUUCGCCCACGGCGACUCGAGCAGCAGCAGCAGACUGUUGUGCGAGGAGCGACGAUGGAUCGGAAGGCUGCCGGUGUGCGAGUAUCGCGAGGACAGCGGGCCUACUUGCGCGCGGCUUGGCUGCGAUCAGCUGUGCAGUAUUGCCGACGACAGGCCCGAAUGCUCCUGCCGCGAGGGCUAUCGGCUAGACCAGGACAGAGCCUCGUGUAUCGAUGUGGACGAAUGCGCGACCGACAACGGCGGCUGCAGCGAGAUGUGCGAGAACACGGAAGGCGGCUUUUUCUGCGCCUGCGACGGCGACGAGAGGGCGUUGUCGGCGGACCGGACGAGCUGCGUCGGUGAGUAUAGAGCCGUCGCCGGCGGCGCAGCGGCCGAGCGGCGUCUCUUGCGGACGGAGCCGGCCGCCGCGGCGACCUGCUGCUCGGCCCCGAGCCCCGUGGGUCGGGGCUACCUGAAGUGCUCGGACAGCGAGCGCGCUGCCGCUGCCGCGGACGAAGAGGCCGAGCAGCGGCGGACGAGGCCCGUCGGAGCGGGCACCAGGUGUCACCUCGAGUGUCCGCGCGGCUACGAGCUGCGCGGCGAGUACGAGCUGACGUGCCGCUCGGACGGCAGGUGGGACGGCCCCAAGCACGGCGAGUGUCUCGGGUACGGCAAGCCGCGGCUGGACUGCCCCAAGGACGUGCUGGCGGAGCUGCCGGUGGGUAGGGACGAGGCGUUCGUCGCGUACGAGCAGCCCUCCACGGACCUCGACUGGUUCCGCUACGUGCGCUCGCGGCCCUCCUGGGGCACGCGGCUCGAGGCCAACCUCAAGCUCGGCCUGCACGAGGUCAGCUUCUACGCGCGACACCCCGUCUCCGGGAAGCUGGCCAGCUGCCGCCUCAAGAUCAGCGUGCAAGAGGGCCAGGCGCCGAAGGUGCACGACUGCCCGAGCGACGUUCAAGUGACGGGCAGAAACGGCUCGGCCAUUUUCUGGACCGAGCCCAUCUUCACCGACAACGUCGGCGUAAGCAGAGUGACCAGCACUCGGCGCCCCGGUCAGACGUUCAGCCUGGGCGGACACAAGGUGGAGUACGAGGCGGCCGACGAAGCCGGCUGGACGACCAAGUGCAUCUUCACCGUGGUGCUGCGACCUCUCCCCGAGUAGGUGCGCGACUGACAGAGGAGAGUUUGCGAGCGGCCGGCUGACACCGAACCACUGCCGACCUCCUUCGGGCCUUCGUUUCGUGUCGAUGUCCUCCCCAAGCCCCGUUAAGUCAGUGGGCAUAUUUUUUACAACGCAAUAUUCAAAGCAAGUUUUCACUGGAAAACACUUGUGCUCGUCGUUUCCAUAUUGAAACUAACAACAAUAAUAGCCACAGAUCUCUUGUGUCAUCCAGGUUCGAAUAAAUCAGUCGGUCGAAUUUACACAUACGCGCUUAUAGCCUGUCCUUGUAAAUGCAUCUGUAUUGUGUUGACGCUCUUCAACAGACCAAUAAACAGACAAGAUUACUAUAUUGGCCACUGAUUUAUCGACAAUUCAGUUAGGCGCUCUCCUUAUAGUACUAACAGCUGCCGGCGUCGUCGCCGACAAUUAGCAGUGGCUCGCGACAAGCAGGAUCAACUGCAUGCUUAGCUGCAGAUUCUGUGAUAACCCUCUUGGAAAUGAAGACAGAAGGUCCAAUCGUGAGCAAGGUUGCUUACGACUGCUAUAACUGCGCACCGACGACAUCUGCACCGAAACUGUCUUGUAUUUGCAUGAAAAUACGCUUCUCUCCAUCUUGGAUAUCGCACACGAGUUGCGUACGCCAAGUACGCCACUCGAUGAUCGAUCAGCCCAUGCAAUGCAAUCAAAUCCGAGCUCAUUAUAAUUUUACGACUUUUUUAUCUCCUUUUAUCUCGAUUUAUCUCGGAGGAAACAGUUGCACAGACAUCUUCACCAAUCUACCGUUCACGAAAAUCUAUUCCUAGCCUUUGACUCUCACGGCAAAACCUUAAAAUCCUAUGUGUUUAAAUUCAAACAUUUUAAGUGUGUCAUUGUAACGUCACCCAUAAGAAAUAUAUUGUCGCUGAAUUUAAACGUUUAGAAGUAUUUAAAAUUGAGGGCAAUGUAUUUCUUAUGGGUGACGUCAUAUUAAACGUUUAAAUUUAAACACAUGGGUUUACCGUGUAUAUUUACAAUGUUUCUCCGCCGCAAAGUAAUUAGCUCGCCAAGAGGAUUGCCUAUAAUUUUAUCUACGAAGUAACACCAAACCGAGCUCACGAAUAUUUAUUGUGAUUCUGCUAUAACACACUCUACAUGUAUAGACUAUAUAAUCAUUACUAGAAAGGAAAAUAUGCAAAAUUAAAACACGUUUUAUGUUGCGUAUACAGUAUUUGCCAAAACUCGAGAUGGUGUUAUUGUUAUCGAAAAAUAUUAAGCAACGCUAAAGUUUAAUCGUUAAAGUACCUUACGAAUUUUCGACAACUAAUAUAUAUUUAAUGCUAAAUUGUUCGUCAACAUUUCAAUAGGUUCAUCGAUUUUCAUGUCUUAAUCUAUUAAAAAUGAACACAGAAAAUCGUCUGGUAGAACCACGAAGCUAAAUUCUAUAGAGAUUGGCGUGUUUAAAUAAGAUUGUAGAUAGUGGUGUAAAUUUUUCAGUUGCAACAGUAAUAUGUAUAUGAAAACAAACUGAAACGGAUGUAGUGAUGCGGCACCAUUUCAUUAAACGAAAAAUUUUGUAUUAUUAAGAUCGAAUCUUAUAAAAUUAAAAAGAAAACUCUUUAGACGAUGUCACGAGCUUGAUGAGUAGUUUCGUGACAUUCAUUUUAAACUUAAUAGUUACAAAUGGAAUUCGUUUCAAACGGCGGACCAUCUUGAACCUAAACCUCUCUGUUCCAACAUAAUUAUUAUAAUACUUUUAUAAUUAAGAUGAAACUAAUGUAAGUCAUUAAGGGAAUUUAUUUACCUGUAUAAAUUGAUUGCAGAACGUUAUACAAUAUACCGUAGGCCGUUUAAAUAACUAUAAUUUAUUAUAUAUUGUGCAAACUGUUUUGCACUGUAACAUGGCGUAAAUCAGUGUGUAUCAAUUCUUACGCUAUAUUCCUGUACACGUGUAUAAUUUAUGCCUAAUGUAUCCUAUUUAUCGGUAGUUACAAUAAAUAUGCUCGUCUGUGUAUUAAAUUGAUUUCAGGAUUUUCUCUAGCUUACUGCA